CCCAAGUCAUCAUUCAGGGCAAAAGGAAAUCUGAUAACCUGCCCAAUGAAUAUGAGCCUCAUCAGAAGAGACAGAAAAAACAGAUAAUAGAAGAGAAAACGGACGUCUCCAACAAAACUAAACUAGUUUUAUACAUCAACCAGCACACUGGAAGCUGGAACAUAAAGAAGAGGGCAUACGAUCAGCCCAAGUCAUCAUUCAGGGGCAAAAGGAAACCUGAUAUUCUGCCCAAUGAAAAUGAGCCUCAUCAGAAGAGACAGAAAAAACAGAUAAUAGAAGAGAAAACUGACGUCUCCAACACAAAUAAACUACCUCCUAAACAUUUAGGCAUUGCACAUUUGUUGGAGGUUUAUGAGACGAGAGAACUGCUGGGCAAAGGAGGAUUUGGCUCUGUGUAUGCUGGUGUACGUAAAGCAGAUGGAUUGCCAGUUGCAAUCAAGUACAUCUCCAAACGUAAAGCACCUAAAAAACUGGAAAUCCCUGGACAUGGUUUCCUGCCCACUGAGGUAGCUUUGAUGUCCAUCGUAAAUACAGAACCAUACUGUUUGAACAUCCUGCAGAUUCUGGAGUGGUAUGAACAGCCAAAGUGCUACUACAUAGUUCUGGAACGACCUGAACCAUGUGAAAACCUCCACCAGUUCUGCAGUAGGUAUGGCAGCUGCUUGCCUGAGACUGUGGCUCGUUUAGUGAUGGUUCAGCUGAUAGAUGCGCUGAAGCAUUGCAAGAGCCGAGGAAUUCUGCAUCGUGACGUCAAGCCAGAAAACAUCAUGGUUCAGACGAACACUCUUAAAGUUAAGCUGAUUGACUUCGGGUGCGGAGACUUGAUCAAGGACAAGUACAAAGAAUUCGCAGGCACACCCAGCUACGCUCCUCCUGAGUGGUUUAAAAAGAAAAAGUAUUUGGCAGAACCAGCGACUGUCUGGUCUGUGGGUGUGACACUGUACAGACUGGUGUGUGGCUCUCUGCCUUUCAACACCCUUCAUCCACAUCUAAAACAUUACAAAAAAACACUAAACAUUUAA